CUGCUCUCGUCUGAGGAGGAAACCAGAAGACAAGGUCUAAACGCACGAACAGGACUAAGACCGAGACUAAGAUCAAGACCAAGACUAAGAUCAAGACUAAAACUAAGACCAAGACCAGGACCAGGACCAGAGCUCCAGACUUCUCCGGACCAGUACCUGCAGCAGGACCAGAACCAGGACCAGGACCAGGACUCCAGACGUCUCCGGGCCAGUACCUACAGCAGGUCUCAAGGCUCUUCUCUGGGGGGGUCCUGUGGAGGUGAUGGGGGCCCAGGCCUCCUCUCUGGAGGGGGUCCAUGUGGUGGUGGUGGGGGGGGGCUUCGGAGGCAUCGCGGCCGCUCAGCAGCUAAAAUCUCGAGGACUUGACUUCACGCUGAUCGACAUGAGAGACGCCUUCCACCACAACGUAGCCUCACUGCGAGCCUCCGUCCAGCCCGGCUUCGCUGUGAGGACCUUCAUCCCGUAUGCUGAGACGUUUGGAGAAAGCUUCGUCCAGGGCCGAGUGGAACGGGUCGACACUGAGAACCAGAGGGUCGUCCUGCGCGGAGGGAGGGAGAUCCAGUACUCCCACCUCAUCCUGUGCACCGGGACAGACGGACCCUUCCCCGGGAAGUUCAACAAGGAAGCCUCGUAUCAGAGCGCGGUCCAGGCCUACGAGGGCCUGGUGGAGCAGGUCCAGAUGGCCGACUCCGUGCUGGUGGUCGGAGGAGGGUCGACUGGGGUGGAGAUGGCAGCCGAGAUCAAGACGGAGUACCCUCACAAGAAGGUAGUUCUGAUCCACUCCAAGGCCGGUCUGGCCGACGUGGAGCUGCAGCCCAGCGUCCGGCGUCAGGCCAAAGAGGUCUUACUGGAGAAAGGAGUGGAGCUGGUUCUGGGCCAGAAACUGAGCGGCCUCUCAGAGCUGCAGUUCAACAUGACCAGGAGGAACAUGGAGGUCUCCACGGACCGAGGCCUGACCCUGACCACAGACCUGCUGCUCUGCUGCACCGGCUGCAGGGUCAACUCCUCGGCCUACGCAUCCGCCUUCGCUGACUCGAUGGCCGAUAACGGAGCUCUGAAGGUGAACGCUCACCUGCAGGUCGCCGGUUUCUCCAAUGUUUACGCUGUGGGCGACUGCGCUGAUGUCAAUGAACCCAAGAUGGCGUACCACGCUGGCCUCCACGCCGCUGUCGCUGUUAGCAACAUCGACAACAGCGUGAGAGGGAAGGAUCUGACGGACUACCACACAGGUAAUGUCACCAUGCUACUGGCGAUGGGGCGGGACGACGGCGUGGGCCAGUUCAACGGGUGGCAGCUACCACGCUUCCUGGUGACGUUGGGGAAGAGUCGCGAUCUGCUGUUGUGGAAGAGCUGGAGGGAGAUGAACCAGACGCAGCCAUGACCCGACCCAACUUUAUGAAAACUAAAGAAGACACAUCCCCUUUCUUCUGCGUCACCACAACGUCUGCCUUGAAGCUAGAUUACAUUAGCCUAGUUUCUCUAACCAGCUAGUAGCAGCUACAUUGCUUACAUACUAACACUAACCAUGAACUGAUAUCAGCUAGCCAUUAAACCAGCCUUAAGUUAUUUUCUUUGCAAAUUGUUGUGUUUGACACCUGUGCUCUAAAGAAACCAUCCCUGUGACUAGAUGCUAACAUGCUAACACUCAGCGUUGUCUUAAUGUCCAGAAACAUGCGGCUAAUUUCUUGUUUCAUUGUCUCUAAAGCUACAUGAAGCUGUGAGUUAGCAUUAGCCAGAGAGAUGCCAGCAUUAAAGAAUUGAUAUGAUAAAUUGUGUUUUGUACAAACUUUAUUGAGCAGCUCAGAGCAGAAAUCUUUAGAGAAAAGAUAAAUUACAAAUGUAAAAACUGAGUCUUUAUUAUAUGCAAUAAUAAAUAAAAUAUUUAACACACA